AUGAGCUGUUCAAUAUGCUCACGUGCCCCUCAUUCCCGCCUUUCUUUCUACUGUCCGACAUGCGCACGCAACCAGCUAUAUCAACUACGAAUCGACAGCACCCAAGUUCUUCUGGAGAAAGAAGCACUUGGAAAGCAAAUAGAGGUCGCUGUUACCUGCGGCAGCCCCUGGGAUAGGCCCUCUUCACAUAGACAAGAGCUGGUCGAUACGAGUAAAGCCUGCUCUUCUCGCUGGGUCCUCCAAACGAUAGACACUCGACAUGCAGUGUCUUUGACAAAGAGGGAAUUGGUUACCCAUCAGCUUGAGGUUUUGAAGUUAGAGGUUGAAGCUAAAAAGGCAAGGAUCAUCAAGCAAAAAGAGGCUCUAGCACGCAGACAGUCAGAUGCAGAAUCUGCCAAAUUUCAAUUGGAAGAGCGGGAAACUGGAAUCCUGGCGGGUGUUCAAAAUUCCAGCAAGCGGGUAGAGCACGUUUGGCACUCGCUCCAUAGCAAAACGGCUGAGUCACGUAUUUAUCUUUGUCGAGAAGUCGCCAAUCUCUAUGGCCUGCGGAAGGCUACGAAGAAGGGCCAACGUCGGGAGACAUAUGUUCUUGGGUGUGGUUUUAUUGUUGACUUGAGGGAUAUGAAUGGCAAGUCUCCCCUGUUGCUUCCAAACAGUUGA